UCUCGCGAGAGUUAGUGCCAUCGGAGAAUGAGGAGCGCCUGAGCGGCGCUGCUCCAAGUUGUUGUUGUUGUUCUGGAGGAGGAGGGGAAUAUCUCGAAAUAGCUUCUCCUGUCCCGGAUUCCAGAGCCAGCUUUCCCAGGACACGGAACACCGCUCUGCCAUGGCUACUCCCGCACCCAUCAAAGGGAUUUUAAAAAACAGAAACUCGGUCCCUUCCCAGCAAAACUCGGCGUUGGAUCUGUGUCCCGACGAGGAGGAGGAGUACAAUAAAAAGUCUCAAAAAUGGGAUGAAAUGAACAUUCUUGCCACUUAUCAUCCAGAAGGGAAGGACUAUGGACUAAUGAAAAUCGAUGAACCUAGUACGCCAUACAACAGGAUGAUAGUAGGUGAUGAUGAUGAAUCUGCAAUGAGUGACUCUGAAUCAAAUGUAAAUAUUACCGCAGAAAUACUAGCAAAAAAACUUACAGCAGCUGAGGGAGUUAAUCCUAAAAUCUUUGAGCCAAAGGAAGAAAGCAGUGAUGAGGAGGAAGAGCUAACUCCAGAAGAACAAGAAAACAAGAAGCAGUUUGAGAUGAAGAGAAAAAUGCAUUACAACGAAGGCAUGAAUAUCAAAUUAGCAAGGCAGUUAAUUGCCAAGGAGCUAGAUGAAGAAGAAGAAGAAGAAGAUGGCAUGAAAGGAGCUGAUGACCGAGAAAAGGACUUUGAAGAUGAUACAGAUGAAGACCUUUCUGAAAGUGAGGACAUUGAUUCAUAGAACAGAGCCAUGUUUUAAAUCUGGCCCAAAAAUAUCCAAGCUAGCAGCAAUUACCAUGAAGGGUUUUAAUUUAUUCAAACACUGGGGUGUUUCAAUUACAAUCUCCCUUACAUUCAGAGAAGUCUCGUUCUACCUGUGCACUCAGAAUUUUGCAGUUGGUGUGUUUCUGCAGUAAUGUAAAUAAAAAUCCUCAAGAGGUGGGCAGGAUUUGUCUGUCUACCUGUUUUUGUUUGUGCUUGCACUGCGGUUGGAUCACUGAAAGAACUUGUUUCCUGAAAACCACAGUAGCAUAGAAUUCAUGCAGUAAUAUGUAGCACAGAACACUUUUUCCAGCAGCUCUCAGCCCAAUAAUCAGCCUGUAAUACAUUCAUAUCUGUGUAAUGCUAUGUGCACAUGUUCAAUUCACAUUGAUACACUUUUGCAGGUUUGUUGCAGAGUACUUUUCUUCCACGUUUUGCAUCAGGUAACCAGUUCCGGUUCAUAUUUUUAUAUUUGAGGAUUUUGUACUUUUGUUUUCUGUGGGGCUUACAUUUGGAAAAUGCUCAAAAUGAAAGUACUGAUAACUGGCCAACAGAAUGCAAUAUUUUGUCUUUGAAACUUUGAGAACACUUUAAUGCUGCUGAUGGUAUAAGUUAAUAAUUUGUACUUGUGUUGAUGUUAAUAGAAUUCACUUAAAGAUACUGAUAACGGUUUUUGAAUGCUCAAAAUCUAAUCAAAUACCAAGUGUAAAAAUGUUUACUAAGUGCCACCAUUGUCAAGGCAUAUCUAAACUUUAUUUUGGGUAGUGGAUUAAAAUGCGAAUGAAGUUGCGUGUGUUUGGUGUAAUGUACAGUUUUAUGUAGGGCAAUGAAAGGGAUAAUGACUCUUCAUACUUUUGAUUCAAAUAGUAGUAUUGUUUUUUUGAAAAUGUUUAUGCUUCUCAAAGUUUGUAUUUUAAUCCUUGAAAUUCUUUGUGACCUGUAGAUUUGAAAGGCACAUCAUUGAUAAACCCAUUGUAAUGCAAACCAUUUGUAUAAUUCAAAAUAGAUUAUAUAAUCCCAUUGUCCAAAGCGUAGAUUUCUCUGGAAUAUUUUGUCUGUGGUUUUCGAUGGAACUUUUUGAGAUGAAUUUAUUUUACAGAUAUGCACACUCCCUGAACAUCUAUUUUCACUGUUUAACAAAUUACAGUUGUCCUGCAGUAUUUCAUGUAAUUAUCAAAUCUGUACUCUGUUAUAAUUCUAGACUUGAUAGCAUUGGUUCCUAUGAUCUUCACCCAGUAUUGUAUUCAUUUCAGUAUAAGAAAACUCUACUAUUGUGUGAAUAGCAAUAUAAAAUA